AUGGAUCAUCUAUUGAAAUGUCCUAUAUGUUUUGAUUUCUUUGAUACUGCAUUGAUGAUAAUAACAUGUUCACAUAAUUUUUGUUCAUUAUGUAUAAAGAAAUACUUUUCACAACCAAAUUUACAUUGUCCGAUUUGUAGAAAGGCUGCAAGUACUUCUGAAUUGAGGAACAAUAGAUUAUUAGAUGAAUUAGUGACCGCUCUAAAGCAGACUUUAGAGAAAAAGAAUGGUGAUUCAUCUGAAUUGUUGUUAUCGACAGACGACAGCAGUAUUUCAUCGACUCAAAUCAUCUCGACACAACAAACAACUUAUGCAUCAAUAGUAAAGAAGAGAUCAUCAUCAUCAUCAUCAAUUUCAUCAUCAUCAACUAAACAUACAAAUGAUAAGAAAUUAAAGACUGCUAAUCAUCAUUAUGAUGAUAAUGAUAAUGAUUUUAAGAGUAAUAAUAGUAAUAAUAGUAGUCAACAACAACAACAACAAACACCAGGUAGAAUGAUGACAAGAUCAAGAUCACAGAAAGAAGGUAUUAAAUAUGAUGAUUCUAUAUUCUCUGAUACGCUGUCAGUUGGAUCGUCUUCGAACAAUAAACGUAAAGGAAGAUCAUCGACAUCACCACGUAAAUCACAAUCGAGUCAAGAGUUACAUAAAGAAGACCGUUUAGUUGUAUCGGUACCACUCUCUGACAGUAAUAACUACAACAACAAAUCUGCAAACAAAAAUAUCAAUAAUCACAAUAAUGAAGAUGAUGACGAAAUAGAAACUUCACAACCAACAAUCAAUUCACAAUCGAUUCAACCAAUUCUAAAUAAUAAUAAUAAUAAUAACCAACAAUUGUUGAUAAUUCAACCAAAACGUUUGACACCUUUGGCAAAGCUAUGUUAUUCUAUUAUGAAGAUUAAACAGAUAAAAGAUUCAUUAAAGAGUUUGGGAUUGAGGACGAAUGGCGAUCGACAAACAUUGAUCAAUCGACACAAAGAGUAUACACUUAGACAUAAUAGUCAGUGCGACAGUAUGAAUCCAAAGACAAAAGAAGAGAUCAUAGAGGAACUAUAUGAAUACGAACAGCUCACUGCUAAACCAAAGACAACAGCAACCACGACCAGCAAGAAAAAACAAACAACAAACAACAAAAAAUCGAAUAGUAAUUCUCCAGUUUUAUCAUUACCAUCACCAGUUUUAUCACCACCAUCAUUACUUUCACUUCCCUCACCAACAUUGCAAUCAUCUUCACAAUACCCAAUUACUAAUAACAAUAGUAAUAAUAAUAACGAUGAUGAUGAUGAUCAAGUUAAUAACAAUACAACCAUUUCACAAACACAAACACAAGAUCAAAGUCAAGACCUUUUCGAGAAACUAAAAUUACAGAUUCUAAGCAGGAAGUCUGUGAAUUCAUUAAAAUCUUGA